AUUCAGCGGUUACUGGAUCUGUGCAGUUUCUAAUGGCCGGGCCGGUCUGGCGACACGGUCCUGCCUGUAUCGAUCCAUUGAUUGCACAUGGUCCUGCUCUGACCUCCUGAUCCCAGAGAAGCCGUUUCCAUGGAGACUGUAAGUCCUCCUCCAGCCUUUUUUUCCUCGUCUCUGGCAGGAAUUUCUCUGGGCAGCAGCUGAUUGUAAAUUCCUGCAGAUACUGGAAGCAUUGCGUGUGAAGUGUUUCCCUCCUCCCCUUUGUUGAAUGCGGUGCUGGAUCCCCAGCCUCAGCCUCUCCAUCUCCGCUCCUCUUCCUCCCUCUCUCUCUCGCGCGCGUGUGUGAGAGUGUCUUUAUUUCCCCCACCCCUCCUUUCCCCUCCCUCUAGACCGUGUGCUGCUUACAGUAAUGAGCAGGACACACCAGAUUCUCCUGAUCCCCCAGAGGGCGAUCUGACUGACGUGGGAGGCUCCCACCGAGGUUCCUUUCAGCUCCAUCAGGACCUCCGAGAGGAGUGAGUGUGAGUGAGAGAGAGAGAGAGAAGAAAAAACUCGCGUCUCACCUCUUCCCCAUCUGAAAAUGCAGAGCAGAAUGGGUGCUAUCCGUCUGACUGGCUGCUGCUGUUUAUUUCUGAUUUUCCUAAACCCACUCAGCGCCGCGGGAAGUAAGACAAACCAAGAUGCUGACGAAUGUGUUGAAGGAACAGAUAAUUGUCACAUUGAUGCCAUCUGUCAGAAUACCCCCAAGUCAUACAAAUGUAUCUGCAAGUCUGGUUACACAGGAGAUGGCAAACAGUGUGAAGAUAUUGAUGAAUGUGACAACGAAUACAACGGUGGCUGUGUUCAUGAAUGCAUCAAUAUCCCAGGGAACUACCGCUGCACCUGUUAUGAUGGUUUCAAGUUAGCACAUGAUGGCCAUAACUGCCUUGAUGUGGAUGAGUGUGGAGACAGCAAUGGUGGAUGCCAGCAGAUCUGUGUCAAUAUGAUGGGAAGCUAUGAGUGUCGAUGCCGGGAAGGAUUCUUCCUCAGUGACAACCAGCACACCUGUAUCCUGCGUCCUGAAGAAGGAAUGAACUGCAUGAAUAAAAACCAUGGAUGUGCUCAUAUCUGUCGGGAAACUCCAAAGGGAGGAAUAGCCUGUGAAUGCAGACCUGGAUUUGAACUCACAAAGAACCAAAGGGACUGCAAGUUGACAUGUAACUAUGGAAACGGGGGGUGCCAGCACACGUGUGAUGACACUGAUCAAGGCCCGAAGUGUGGAUGCCAUCUGAAAUUUGCCCUGCACUCAGAUGGGAAAACAUGUGUUGAGACCUGCGCUGUGAACAAUGGAGGCUGUGACAGCACAUGUCAGGAUGCAGCCACGGGCGUCCGCUGUAGUUGUCCGGUGGGAUUCACAUUACAGCCUGACAGGAAGACAUGCAAAGAUAUUGAUGAGUGUCGCCUACACAACGGUGGAUGUGACCACGUCUGCAGGAACACUAUUGGAAGCUUUGAGUGCAGUUGCAAAAAGGGCUACAAACUGCUGACGAAUGAGAGGACUUGUCAAGAUAUUGAUGAAUGCUCCUUUGACAGAACAUGUGAUCACAUCUGUGUGAACUCCCCUGGGAGCUUUGAAUGCUUUUGCCACAAGGGUUACACAUUAUAUGGACUAACACACUGUGGAGAUAUCGAUGAAUGCAGCAUGAACCACGGUGGCUGCAAGCAUGGCUGUGUUAAUACUCCAGGAAGCUAUCAAUGCUCCUGUCCAAGUGACAGCUACAGUCUUCACUGGAACAAGAAAGACUGUGUGGAGGCAGUAAAGUGCCUGCUGGAAUCCAACCCACCUCAAGCUCAACUUUCCUGUGUCAAGAGUGGGAAGAGAGAGACCUGCUCCCUCAGCUGUGCAUCCAAGGCUCACUUUCAAGCGGGUUCCGAUAACAGCUACACGGUGAGCUGCGGAGCUCCAACACGCAGAGCCGGCGCUCAUCAGCGACAAAAUACCAGCAACAUAGGCUGUGUGGAGGCUCUAGCUCCCCCAGUCAAACAAAGAGCUUCGUUCAAGAUAAAGGAUGCCAAGUGUCACCUUCACCCACGCAUUAAUGGAAAACAGGACAGCGGGCAUCCAGUUAUCACAGGAGGCACAUUCCCUUGUACAGACAACUGCCAAGUUACGUUUAUAAAUCUAAAGUGUGAUUCUUCCAAGAAAGCAAAAGGUCGCCGAACCCGUAACCCUCCGGGCAAAGAAGUGACUCGCAUUACACUGGACUUUGAAGCAGAAAUAAGAAAGGAAGAUGUAACAGGUAGCUGCAACAUCAACUGCCUGAGACAAAAGAUGGAGAAGAAACUGAAAUCUGCAAUUAAAACCCUGAAGAAAUCAAUUAAUCAGCAGCGAUUUCACAUUCGUUUCUCGGGGACGGAGUAUGAAGUGGCAAAGAAGUUGGCAAAAAUGCCUGAGAAACAGGAGACAUGUAACAUUGGACAGGAAUGGGUCGAUGGGAAGUGUGUCAGCUGCUCGUCAGGAUCCUUUUAUCAUGGCCAGCAAGAGAAAUGUGUUCUGUGUCCAGCUGGCACCUACCAGGAGAAAGAUGGACAGUUGUCAUGUGAUCUCUGUCCUGGGGCUGAUGGACAUGGUCCAACUGGAGCACGUAACAUAAGCGUCUGUACAGGUCAAUGCGUCCCAGGACAUUAUUCAGCAGACGGGUUUCAGCCAUGUCACGUGUGCAGUCGAGGCACAUACCAGCCUGAACCAGGCCGCACACUCUGUUUCCAGUGUGGAGGAGGAUUGAUGACAAAGCACGAAGGAGCUUCGUCUUUCCAGGACUGUGAUACUAAAGUUCAGUGCUCUCCAGGCCAUUAUUACAACACGACAGUUCACCGCUGCAUACGAUGUGCUUUGGGUACCUACCAACCAGAGUUUCGACAGAAUUACUGCAUUGCCUGCCCCGGCAACACCACGACAGAUUUCGAUGGAUCAACUACGGUCAGACAGUGCAAAAAUCGACAGUGUGGUGGUGAGCUGGGGGAAUACACGGGCUACAUUGAAUCUCCCAACUAUCCUGGAAACUACCCAGCAAAUGUGGAGUGUACCUGGAAUAUUAACCCACCUCCCAAAAGAAAAAUCCUGGUAGUGGUCCCCGAAAUAUUCUUACCUAUUGAGGACGACUGUGGGGAUGUUUUGGUCAUGAGAAAAAACUCUUCACCUACAUCUAUCACAACAUAUGAGACCUGCCAGACCUAUGAACGGCCAAUAGCUUUCACUGCAAGAUCCCGCAAGCUAUGGAUCAAUUUCAAAACUAAUGAAGCAAACAGCGCCAAGGGAUUCCAGAUCCCAUACGUCACUUAUGACGAGGAUUAUGAGCAGCUUGUUGAAGACAUUGUACGAGAUGGUAGAUUAUAUGCUUCAGAAAACCAUCAAGAAAUUUUAAAGGACAAGAAACUGAUUAAAGCUCUCUUUGAUGUUCUGGCACAUCCACAAAAUUAUUUCAAGUACACAGCACAGGAGUCCAAUGAGAUGCUACCAAGAUCUUUUAUCAAACUGCUCCGUUCCAAAGUUUCCAGCUUCUUAAGACCCUACAAAUAGUUGUCAGACCAAAAGGCAAUAAAAUGACCAACUGAAUUUUAUUUUUACAGCUUUGUAACCAUAAUAUUUCACUAUGCUGACUUUUUUGUGGCUUUCUUCAAAAGGAUCCCAGAUCAUACUUCACUGUACAUUAUUUAUAGCUCAGUCCAUCAUAACGAAGACUGUUCAUUCCUUAUAUUUAUGUGUACGCUAGUAUAUAUGACUGCUGGGAGCAUAUACAAAACCUGCUCCAUAUGCAAGCAUACUUUAUGCACUAGGACUUUCUGUCUGCAUUGUGUGUUUUUUUAUCCUGUAUAAGAAAGAAAGUGCAAUGAUUUCUUUUAUCCUGUUGGAUGUUUGAAUGGAAGUUUUUUUCUACAGAAAAAUGGCAAUAUUUAUAUCUGCAAGGAAGCCUUUCUCGUCUCCACUGCAGUUUAACAACAUCACCCACAAAUCACAUCAUAAUGAAAAGUAGCAGGAUUGCAAUGUUGCGCAUAUAUAACUUUGGAAUUUAUUUGCACUUGAGAAUUAUAUUUGACCAUGUACAAAAGUUUGGUUUUUGUAUUUUCAUUGUUUUGAUUGAAUUGAAAUUUUCACUUUUUGUUUUUUCAAUUUUUUUAGUGCUAGUUUGUCCCAAUUUUUCAUAAUGCUGAAGUUUGUAUCAUUCAACUAUUUGGUAAAUGAAAGGGACUUAAAAAUUUCUAAUAAUUUCAAGUAUAGUUCUGAUGAUGCAAACACUAGCUCUUUUGGCUCUGCCAUGGGUCCGUGGACUAUAUAUUAUCAUUUUAGUGCAAUUUUUAUACUUUUCAAAUAUAUUAAAUAUAUUUCAUGUUUCUAGACAGUUUAUUUGUUUACCUCGACAUCUAUGCUGAGGUACAUCAGGGUAUUGGGGACACCACAAUUUCAAGAUCCUGAAAUAAAACAUGUAUCAUGUAUUAAAAAUAGUGCAUAUAAUGCAUCCUUAGUAAAUGUGUAAAUGUUUAAUUUUUGAAAUUUUGCAUUUAAUGUGUAAGACGGAAAGCCACGCUGUACAUUAGUCAAUCAAUAGAAGCUCUAAUGGGAAGGAGCAAUGGUGAUCCAACAUAACGUUAGUACUUUAGCUGGCACUGUUUACAAAAUAACCAGAAUCCAUGAGUGAAGACAUAUGGUGAGCAAAGAACAGUCUAGGACACGAGAUAUUUGAAAUGCAUUGUCCUUAAUGUUAUGGCGAGGAGGUGGGAAAGGCUUUUAAGUGCUCAACUAGUACUCUUUUCAAAAUCUGGCUAUUUGUUCAUCAACAGUAACAAUUUGAAUUUUUGGCAACCUGGCAGUUUCCUGAUGCACAACGCAGCCCUCAGUCUCACUAAAGUGCAGGUCAUGGAGGGAUCAGAGGACAACACACCUAGACCAGAUGGGGCAAAAAUGCAGGCAAGACCCAAACAUUGUAUUUUGGUCCUACCGAUGUCUGAAGGACUAUAUACACCAAUAUUUUGUAUGCCAACAAUUCUGACGCUGCAAUUGGAGCCAUUCUUGAGCAUGCUGAACUUCUGACCUGCCACAACAACAUCUGUCUCCUGUAACUUGAUCUAGAUAACUGAUGAAAAGCCCCUGGUGCUUUUAGGAAGUUGGCAAGCUGCCUUGUUAUGAGUUUUAAUAGAAGUGGAAAUAACUCUGUACCUAGUUCAUGGGCCAUCUGUAUUUUCUAGCUUAGUGAAGAAGGAAAUGAUUGGAUUUUUUUGUCCCUAAUUCAUUGAGGAUAUUGUUUCAAAGUUGUUGCCAGAUCAGAUUUUUCAAUGAAUAAGGUUUUAUACCUGGAUUUAGUAAACUAGCAUUUUGUUAACAUAAGAGUAAAUUAGAUAAAAUAUUUAGAUUUGUUAAUUUGAUAUCAAACUCAGCCAAUCAAGCAUACAUCAAUACAUAAUCCAUGAUGAAUGGAGCUUUAUAUUAAACAUGCAAGAUGCCUUCCAAAAUAGACGUAGUAUUCUUUGAAUACACUUCAAAUGGUAACUAAAAUAUUAAUUAUAAACCUAAGUCGCAGAACAAUAGACUGAACUUCUGAGCAUUGCUAAAUACUUAAUAAAAUUUGCUUCUUUUUACAUAAAAAAAUAGACCUGCAAUAUUAUAUGAAUAUUUGGAGCAUAAGUAUCAAAUUCUUAAUGCUAUUUAAGGUGAUAACUUAUUUAUAAGAUACCAAUAUCAACAGUUGCAAAUUCUUCUCUUUACUGCUGCAUAAUAUUCAUAUUGUCUACACUUCUCUUCAAUUACAGAACUCAAGAUAUAAACUAUAGAGUUCUGUAUAAAUUGUGAUUUGAAAGCAACAUCAUGUUGUAAAGUCAAGCAUAAUGGUAACUGAAUUGAGCUAAGACCAAAAGUAGCCGUAGGACAAAGAAAAUAAAGUUUAUUUUGACUGGACUGGAACCUACAGAUGCCUAAAGUUUAAGAGCAUUGUAUCUCAAUAUACUGAACCCACUGGUCAUUGUGUUCAAUAUUUCAUUCUGUUGUAGAGAUUACAUUUGGCUUCUGUCUGAACACAUGUAUAAAUAAUGCUGUACCACCAUAAAUCAGAUAAGGAUAGGAACUGUUAGUGAAGUUCUUUUAUUAACAUAAUUGUAAUUUUAGGAUACACUAAAUCGGUUUAAUGUAAAAAGGUGUGAAUUCAUCUCCUGCUUCAAAUCUAAAAUGAACUUUACAUACUGCAGAGUUUAAAAAUCAAUGUUAAUACAGCCCUUCAGCUGCAAAUUUUAAAUGACUACAGCAAACUAAGUUAGUGGCAUCUCAUCUUUGCUUUUAUAUGUCCUUGCAAAAUGGAUGCAUGCUGAUGCAAAGAAUUUUGGUAACAACACCGUUGACAUUUAUCUGUGAUUGCAGCAGCUUUUGUGCCUAGAUGUACCCAUUGCAUGCAGAAGGCUACUGACAAAAUUUAGAACAAAUAGUGCGAUUUUUGGAAUGUCUGAGAAGAUUUGGAAUGUAAAAUAAGUAUGAUUUGAAAAAUGGGAGUGACUUUUCUCCAUUACGUUGUACAAUAUGAGAACAUUAGUAAGCCAUUUGACUGCUGGAAAUUGCUCUGCCAUUCAAUAAGAUUGUGGCUGAUCCAACUUUCCUCAUUUACUUUCUUGCCUUAUCCCCAUAAUUCUUGAUUAACUUAAUAGCUAGAAGUCAAUCUUUUUCAGCUUUGCAUUCAAGGAUUCAGCCUCUCUGGCUGUCUGGAGCAAGCAUUACCAAAGAAGUGCUUCUUUCUCAUCUCAGCCUUAAGUGAAAACCCUCUUAUUCUGAGACGAUGCACUCAGGUUCUAGACUCUCCUAACAUUUAUGCUAUCCAGCUUCUAUAAAUCUGGAUGGCUUCUCAUUCUAAAUCCCAAUGAGUAUGAACCCAACCUGUUCAAGCUUUCCUUGUAAAACAGUCACUCCAUUACAAAUGUGUCCUGAAAUCAACAAAACCCAAACAUGAGUACUCAAGCCCUCAUCUCACACCACACUCUUCACCUUCCUCCUCUUCCAGUCCCCACUAAUUCCUAAACUGUUUAUUUCUGACUUUACAGAAGGCAAUGAUUUUUUUUUUAAAUUCUGCCUAAUUUCUGCUUCCCAUCUCUAAAUCAUGCAGCUUAAUUCUAUCCUGGACAGAAGUGUAAACUUAACUUUUAAGAAAAUGGUUUUUGAUUUAAAUGCAACUGGGGUAAAUUUUUAAAACUGCUUUAAUAAUAAAUGAGAAAGAGAAAUACAAAUAUUAUAUGUGAAUCAGCUCAAUUCCAGUGGGUCAAAGGCACAUAUUGCUAAGCAGGAAAUGGCUAUUUCUCAUUGUGAUCAGUACUUCCAAUCUAGCAUGUCCAAUGUUGCAGUUCACACAGUGUUAGUGGCAAAAGUUAUAUAAUAUAUCUAUAUAAAGGCCAAUCUUGCUUCUACCACAAUUAGUAAGUGCUCUAACAUUAGCUCAAGCAGAUUGCCUAAUUCAGUUAUGUGCUAUAGAUUCACUUGACUGGAAAUUUUAAAUUAUCAUCUGUAUAAACAUGCAAAUUAUUUAAGUGAGUCGAUACUAAGGAGACUGGACGCACAAGCAGAGCAUUGCUGAGUUCAACUGCAUUGCUAUAACACCUAACAACAUUGUGCAUUUGUUAUCUGGUCACCAAGGUUUUUUUUUCUGAUGGUCCAGAAAAGUAAGGCAUGAGAGGUCAAGAGAAUUUUUUUUUACAAGGAAAUUUCUUGGCACAUUGGCUAAACAGAAUUUGUCUUCACAAGAGCUGAUGCUGAAGCCUCUACUACUGGAUAAGAGGAUGUUUUUUGCCUUUUACUCUAUCUGGAAUGGUACUUCUCCAUGAGAACCCGAGUUACAUUUUGUAAUACCGUGAAUAGUUUUAAUUCAUUUAAUUCCCUGUGUACAAAAGUCACAACAUGUUUUAGAACUGUGGUUGCUCUUUAUAUUGAUUCAAUAAAAUGAUGUUCAAAGGAAUAGGAAAUAUGAAUGCAUUUAAUGAGCAUAUAUAUAUUGUUUUUUAAAAUUGCAAUAAAGCACCAAACACAUGAGAUGUUUUUUUUUACUGCAGUUAGCUUUCUGGAGUUAAUUUUACAUCCACAUUAAAACGGCAUUUGUAGGAAAUGUGUACAGUUUUUCAGCAUAGGGCUUAGCUCCUCCAAUAAGGCAAGACAGUGUCAGGAAAGAUGGUCAUGAAAAUGUGAGGAUUCGAGCUUACUUAAUUUCUUAAGAGUACGUGUUUUAUAUCACAAUUAUAUAUCCUUCCAGAUACAAAUUGUGUCAACAUUAUCACUUUAACAAUUCCAGCCCCUCUGAUUUUUUAAAUACAGUUAAAGAUUCAAAGUAGAUUUACUAGCAAAGUAUGAAUUCAGAAUACAACUCUGAGAUUUCCCCUCCUGCAGACAGGCACAAACCAAAGUAACACCGUGUUCAAACACACAACACAAGGAAAAAGAACAAAUGGCACAAAGCCAGCAAGCAACACAUAGAAUACCAAGCCAAACCAGGAGACCAGUCCGGUUCAGCUCAGCCCCGGCCUGCUAGAAUACUCAGUCCACAGAGCCAUCCUUUGCCGAAGUACCCCAGAACACACUGAUUGCCCCGAUCAAACUGCUCAAAAACAGCAAAAGAGGGUCCAGAAACACAUGCAACUUCAGGCGUGUACAACAUAAUUUAGUCUAAAAUGACAAAUCCAAUUAAACUUUGAGUACCAUUUUAUUAUAUUACUCACCUGAAAUAGUCGUCCCAGAUAAAAUACAAUUUGAUUAGAAACAUCCUGGUAAAUUGAAUAAAUGAUGCUGAAACAUACUGUAUACAGCUUGACAAAAGGGAAACAUUGUUGUCUACUCUGUGUUCCUUUAUCAGAUUCAAUGGUGAAUUUUGUAAUGCUUUCAAUGAAAGUUUUUAAUGUGUUCUCUUAUCUUGAAAUGUGCUGUUACAAAAAGUUUAUCUUUUUGUUUCACAUUGCCCAAUUAAAAAUACCAAUAUUCCACUCACUUAAUAAAUAAGUAUUGUGGUAAAAAGUUUUGCUAUAGACAAACAUGAAUAUGAGCAGUAUACUUGUUUGGAUCUACUCUUAUAUACAUUGCCUAUAAAAAGUAUUCACCCCCUCCCCCCGGAAGUUUUCAUGUUUUAUUGUUUUGCAACGUUGAAUCACAGUGGACUUUCUUGACACUGAUCAACUGAAAAGACUCUUUAAUGUCAAAUUGAAAACAAAUGUCUACAUAUUGGUCUAAAUUUAUUACAAUUAUUAAACACAAUAUAACUGAUUGCAUAAUUACUCACUCCCCUCAAGUCAGUAUUUAGUAGCAAUUACAGCCUUGAGUCUGUGUGGAUAGGUCUCCAUCACCUUUGCUCAUCCAGAAACUGCAAUUUUUCCCCCCUUUCUUUAUGAAACUGGUCAGAUUGCAUGGGGAUCAUGAAUGAACAGCCCUUUUCAAGUACAGCUACAAAUUCUCAAUUGGAUUGACGUCUGGAUUCUGACUUGGCCACUCCAGGACAUUAGCUUUGUUGUUUUUAAGCCAUUCCUGUGUAGCUUUGGCUUCAUGCUUGGGGUCACUGUCUUGCUGGAAAACAAAUCUCCCAAGUUGCAGUUCUCUUGCUGAUUGCAUCAGGUUAUCUUUCAGUGUUUCCCUGUAUUUGCUGCAUUAAUUUUACUCUCUACCUUCAAAAGCCUUCCAGGGCCUGUUGCGCAGCCACCACCAUGCUUCACUGCAGGGAUGAUGUGUAUCCUGGCAUGUAGUCUGACAGACAAAAAGCUCAACUUUGAUUUCAUCAUUUCAUAGAACCUUCUUCCAGCUGACUUCAGAGUCCUCCACACUUACUACUGUCAAACUCUAGCUGAGAUUUCAUGUGAUUUUUUUUUCAACAGUAGUUGCUCUUUGCCACUCUCCCAUAAAGCUGCGACUGGUGAAGCACCCGGACAACAGUUGUUGUAUGCUCAGUCUCUCCCCUCUCAGCCACUGAAGCUUGUAACUCCUCCUGAGUUGUCAUAGGUCUAGUCCCCUUGCAUAAUCACCUAGUUUUUGAGGACACCUGCUUUAGGCAGAUUUACAUCUGUGCCAUAUUCUUUCCAUUUCCUAAUGAUUGAUUUAACUGUAUUCAAAGGGAUAUUCAGUGACUUGAAAUUUUUCUUGUAUCCAGGUGCUUUUCAAUAACCUUUUUGUGGAGUUGCUUGGUGUAUCCUUUUGUCUUCAUGGUGUAGUUUUUGCCAGGAUAUUGUCUCACCAGCAGAUGGGCCUUUCAUAUACAGGUGUAUUUUUACUACAAUCAGUUGCAACACCUUGACUGCACACAGUGAUCUCCAUUUAUCUAAUUAUGUGACUUGUAAAACCAAUUGGCUGUACCAGUGAUGAUUUGGUGUGUCAUAUUAAAGGAAGUGAAUACAUAUGCAAUCAAUUAUUUUGUGUUUUUGUAAUUAACUUAGAUCACUUUGUAGAGACACGAAAGAGUU